GCGGAGACGCGCAGCUCCUCAGCUCCUCCCACGGGCUUUAGGCUCGGAUGGAUUUACUCUCUGAGUGUCUUCGGUGAAUCACAAUCCUCCAAACACAACGUGAAAACACGUUAUUUUGGAAUAAUUCAUAUAAACCACCUCGUCGGUGAUCGUGUCAGGCAGACUGAAUUUGAAACGCCGCGCACUGACUAAACUUGAAUGUAGUUUAAUUGCAAUAAUAUCAUAUACCUUGAUAAAUUGAGAGUGCUUGAUGUCUGUUUAUAAUAUAGAGAAAGAGAAAGAAAAAGUACAACACAAGUUUAAGAGGAGAAACCUGGAGAAAAAUAACUCAAGGACCUGCGCUGAUCACCUUGUCGUCGAGAAGGUCUGGAGUGUGUGAGUGGGAUGUCUGCGGAUCAGCUUUGGCCUGACUAUGGUGAAACACCAACCGUUACAGGUGUAUGAGAGACAGCUGUGUUUGUCCUGUCUGACCGGGAUCUACGGCUUCCGCUGGAAACGGUACCAGCGCUCCCAUGACGACAGCUCCAAGUGGGAAUGUUCAUGGUUCUUCCUCCUCUGCUGUUCCUUUCUCCUUCUCCUCGUCUGGUCAUACUUCUGGUUGGUGGCUCAUAAUGACUACAACGAGUUCAACUGGUUGUUAUAUAAUCGUUCAGCCGUUUGGAAGGAUGGCACAGUCCCUAUUCUCACCACAACACUCACAGGAUUCACUUACACUGCAUUUUUAAUGAUUCUUGCACUUUGUCACAUUGUACUGGGACAGCAGCUUAACUUGUACUGGAUCCAUAAGAUUGUAGUCCUGGCUAUUCUGCUCACCACCAUAGCAGGACUGGUGUCCAUUGAUGAUUUCUGGCAGGAUGAAUGGGACAUUGUCAUCAUUUCUCUGCAGUUCACAGGGCCGUUCCUACACAUCGUGGCUUUAUCUGUGGUCACAGCAUUAGGUUGGGUCAUCGCUGGUCAGGUGGUCCGCGUGGAAAGAUCAAGAUUCCAAGUUGUAACGCUGGUGAUUUAUGUGAGCCUUCUCCUGGUUCUCUAUCUGGUUCCCCUCUUCAUCUCAUCUCCCUGCAUCAUAGACCGGUCCAAGCUCGGUCCUCGUCCCGCUGUCAUUGGCCGUCGUGGAGCUCCAAUGCUCGCUCCAGAACACACCAUCAUGUCCUUCAGUAAAGCACUGCAACAGAAGGUCACUGCCCUGGAAGCAGAGGUUACCAUCAGUCUGGAUGGAGUGCCUUUUUUGAUGAGGGACCGCACACUCCGCAGGACCACCAAUGUGGACAAACUGUUUCCGUCCCGUCAGGACCACGAUGCCUCGUUCUUUAACUGGACAGAGAUUCGCAGUCUAAAUGCUGGACUUUGGUUCCUCAGGGAUGAUCCAUACUGGACAGUGCAGUACAUGUCGGGAAAAGAUCGCAACCGCACGGCCAAUCAGACGGUGUGUAGCCUAGCGGAGCUGCUGCGUCUGGCUGCUAGAGCGAACCGCUCAGUGAUUUUCAGCCUGCGGCGGCCUCCAUCCCAUCAUCCCCGGCAUCAGCUCUGGGUCAGUGAUGCACUGAAGGUGAUUCAGAGAUCCAGCAUCCUACCAGAACAGGUGAUGUGGACGCCUGACUGGUACAGGAAGAAGGUGCGUGCAGCGGUUCCUCUCCUUCAGCAGACGUCAGAUGAGAAACUUCCUGUGGCUGAGCUGAAAGAAAGAGGGAUCAGUACUCUGACCCUGCACUACAGCCAGGCCAGAGCUCAGGAUAUCAGGCAGUUCUCUGGCAGUAAUGUGAGUGUAAACGUGUAUCCGGUGAACGAGCCGUGGCUCUAUUCGCUCAUGUGGUGCAGCGGGGUUCAGUCCGUCUCUUCUGAUGCCCCACACAUUCUGAAGAAAGUGCCUAGUCCUGUCUGGAUCAUGGUACUGAUCUCUCUCUGGCUGAAUCCCAGUUCACACACUCCUAUUACGUACGAAAAGUGCUGGCCACAUUCAAGAACACAGAGUGCAGAUGAAUAUGGCCUGAUAUGGAUCACUUCAGAUAUAAUCUCUGUGGCGAUUGUCAUCGGCAUCUUCGUAUUUCAGAAGUGGAAGAUGAGUGGCAUGCGCAGCUACAACCCGGAGCAGAUCAUGCUCAGCGCUGUAGCACGUCGGCCGAGUCGUGACGUCAACCUCAUGAAGGAGAAACUGAUCUUCUCAGAGAUCAACAACGGUGUCGGGAGCACAGAUGAGCUCUCCGUGUACACAAGAAACGGACUGGACAUGUACUCCCGCGAUGACAUCAUGACACCCGCCCGUCAUGCAACGAAACUUUAAUGACUACUUGAAGCCAUUUAAUAGAACAGACAUCUCAAGCUCAAAAUCAUUCAUUUAGACCGAGUUGCUUUUUCGAAAAUUGAUUGAAUGGUUUUUGAUUGGUUCACAGACACUCUGGGACUGUAUUCCAAUGAGUCCGUGUUCUGCUUUGAUGCCUUACAUAGCCAUGUAUUUUUCCUGUACCAAACUGUAUUUAAGUUAUUGUGGACUGUUAAGUUUAGAGUCAGAUCUUGAAAGCAGGUAAUAAAAGUGUCCUAUUAAUAAUAUUUUUGAAGAACAGACUGAAGAUCAAUGGAUUUAAUGUUAAAGCAUGCCGAAAUCACAGAUUCAGAGAUGUUCUGAGCCCCAAACUAGCCCUUGUAAAUCUCGACUGUAUAGGCUGAUAUAAUUAUUUAUUUUUUUGUUAUUUUUGUAACACAUUAUUUGCUUGCUGGUGAUUCAUGUCAUUGCACUAGCUUAAAAUCACAUUUCUUCUACCUUGCUGUAUCAGUGUCUUUUUAAGUGAUUUGUUUUGUAAUGAAAUCUCUGAAUUG